UCCUUGGCAAAUGCUAAGAUAUCCCCAGAAACUCUAACAAAAUCCACUACCGACGUUGAGUCCGGAACAAAACUUACAAACAUAACCUCCGUAAAUAAAUGGCUAUACGCGCGCGCGGGUGUGGAUUCACAUUUUUAGUGUUGUGGUAUAGCAUGGACUUGGAACUACACACCGAGUUAAAGGUUUGUAAUCUAGUUGGUUUAAUUGCGUCAUGGUGAAUUCCGGUCCUCCCGGUCUGCACCUGUUGAAAUUCAUUAGAAUUAGUCUGCUAGCAAGUGUAUAUAUGUAGAGCCCUUAAGGGUGGAAUUUCAAGAGAACCAAUUCAACGACGCGGAGCCAACUUUCUUUACAGUAUCUCAAACCACCAUGGCUCCUACCAUACUUAUCGUUGGCGCAACAGGCAACACCGGCCGUAGCGUCGUAUCAACCCUCUCAGACUUCACCCAAAAACCAAACCACCACGUCGCCUCCUAUCGCCUCGUCGCACAAACCCGAUCCGCUUCCAGCGACGCCGCGAAGCAACUAGCCUCCCUGCCCAACGUCUCCAUCCUUGAAAAGAAUUGGAUAGACAUCACCAGCGACUGGCUCCGCGAGAAUGAGGUCACCAAAGUCUUCAUCGCCUCCCACAAUGAACCGACAGCAUUCUCAGAGGAGUCCCAAUUCCACGUCGUUGCUCUAAAUGGAGGGGUCAAGCACAUCGUGCGCAUCUCCACCACAGCUGCGAAUGUGCGUCCGCAUUUCCGGGCUUACUAUCCUCGCACACAUUGGGCCAUUGAAACCAUGCUGGAUACGAAGGAGUUCAAGGGGAUGAUGUGGACGAGCCUGCAACCGAACGUCUUCACUAGCAUAGUUCUAGCCAAUGCGGUUACUCUAGUCAAGGAGUACCGCAAAACGGGUAAGCAGCAGCCAUUGAGCUUGAUCUCCCCGAAGGACGUCGGCGUGGGUAUCAUCGAUCCAAAUGACGUCGGGACUUUCGCAGCAUAUGUGUUGGCAAGUGAGAAUCCGGAGGUGCACAAUGGGAUGAGAUAUGUGCUGAAUGGGCCGGAGGACAUCAGCGGUCAGGGGAUUGUGGAUUUGGUCGAGAGAGAAAUUGGAGCGAAGGUUGAACAUGUGGUAUAUAAGGAUCUGUCGUGGCUUGAUGACCUUGCCCAGGGGCCGCACAAGGCCCUUACUUUGUCGAUUAAGUCCGCGGUCGAGACGUCAUGGGAAGGAAAGUGUGGAACAGACACGACGAGUAAGGAGGCUAUUGGAAUUUGGGCACCAAAGACGACGCCAGCCCAGGCGUUUAAGGGGUAUUUAGAAGGGUAGAGAUGUAUAGGAUUAGAAAUUAGAGAAGUCGGCUGCAUUUACACCCCACCCAAUAGGAUCUUAAAAU